CGAUGCCAGCGACGCGCCGCUGCGGCUGCUGCACUCGGUGGUCGCGGCGCUGCAGCCCGAGGCGCGUGCUCGCGUCACCAUCUGCGACGCCCGUUCGCUCGACGUGGCCCACGCGCUUGCUGCCGUGGGCGAGGACCGGGCCACCGAGGGCCAGCUGGCCGGCGUCGAUGCCGUGCUGCUGCUGCCCGAGUCGCAAGCCGCCUUUGAUACGGGCAUACAGCUGCUGCGCAACCACGGCACCAUGGUCGUCGUGAGCUUCCCUACGCGCGGCUUCGUGCUCAACGCGGCCGACGUCGUCUUCCGCGACAUUCGCGUCGUCGGCAGCCUGGUGGGCCGCAACCAGCAGCUGCGCCAACUGCUCGCCUUUGCUGCCACCCACGCCGUGGCCGCCGUCACCCGCGUCUUUGCCUUGGAGGAUAUCAAUCACCGAGGCCCAUCGUGGAGCCGGCGGCAAGCUGGUCAUCGACAUGCUUGCCGAGUCGUCGCCGCCGCCGCCAUAGCGAGCAGCUACCGAUAGUCGAUCUACUGAUCACGUGCACGUGUCCGUGCCCCACACUCACCAGUUGUUGGAGAAGCAUCGUUGGAGAUGCCCCUCCCACCAAACAAGCACCCACAUUCACGUUUAUAAUUGUAGCCGCUCGUAGCCAG